GCUUUAUUAAUUUAAUUAUAUAAAAUUAAUUGCAUGGAAAACGAGAAAGAAAAGUACUUGCCUUCAAUGUGCCUUCAAUGUACAUGGUACAAAUAGGUAGUUUAAUCAUCAAUUUAUCAAUGAUAUUGAGUAUUAACCUUAUUGCCCUUUGAAUUUGAAUACACCUGAAGGUCAAUUGCUCAAACCCAUCUUUACUUCCAGAACCAGGACAAAGAAGGUCAAUUGAGGAGCCAUUUGUUAAGAUUGAGAUGCUUACACCUAAAGAAUAUAUUGGUUCACUGAUGGAAUUGGCUCAAGAGCGAAGAGGAGAGUUCAAAGAAAUGAAAUAUAUCACUGAGAAUAGGGCAUCCAUCAUCUAUGAUUUACCACUUGCUGAGAUGGUAGGUGACUUCUUUGAUCAGUUAAAGUCUCGGUCUAAAGGGUAUGCUAGUAUGGAGUACACAUUUGUUGGGUACAAGGAAAGUGAAUUAAUAAAGCUUGAUAUUCAGAUUAAUGGUGAUCGUGUGGAACCAUUGUCUACUAUUGUACACAAGGAUAAGGCCUAUGCUGUGGGAAGAGCUUUGACACAGAAAUUGAAGGAGCUCAUUCCAAGACAAAUGUUUAAAGUACCAAUCCAGGCAUGCAUAGGUUCAAAGGUGAUUGCCAGUGAAUCUUUAUCAGCCAUUAGAAAGGAUGUUUUGGCGAAGUGCUAUGGUGGGGAUAUUACAAGAAAAAAAAAGCUCCUAAAGAAACAGGCUGAAGGGAAGAAAAGAAUGAAGACAAUAGGAAAAGUCGACGUACCUCAAGAGGCCUUCAUGGCUGUAUUGAAACUUGAAAAGGAAGUUUUGUGAUUGUUUGACGUUGUAGCUAUACAUUUAUUAAGGCUUCACAUUAUUUGAGACAAAGAAAAUUAUCUAUACCUUCUCUUUACACCAAAAGGCCCGUGUUCGAAAUGAAAUUUUGUUGUGUGGGGAGUUAUCCAUAGUUGCUUUGAAUUUGAAGAAUAUUAGUCAAUAAUCAAUUAUAAUAUCUUUAGGCGAUCGAGUGGGUUCUAGUGGAACUGAUUUUGAAUUCAAGUUGUAAACAUGUGGAUUCGUUACCGCCUCCCAGACACCAGCGGACAUGUGCUGGUAGUUGACAAUUGCUGGGCCCCCGUAGCAUGCCCAGCACUAGCAACUGGGUGCUGCUGGUGCCAUGCUCGUGCACUCCAGUGCUACCAAGUGGUGCACUGGGGUAUACCACACAUCAGAUCUAGCUCAGCGAAUACCACUGUGCAGAGCUGAGUCACCCCGCCCUUGAUUUGAUUUUUUUCCCUGAGACAAAAUAUGAAAAACUCGAUGGAAUUUGAGGUUAGGAUUCGAUAUUUUGAUGCAAGAUUCGAGACAAGGCCUCGACAACAAGAAGAACAAGGAUUCUUGAGAUUUCAAAAUUUAGUUGUAGUGCUACAAUAUAUGAAAAUGCACAAA